AUGGUGGCGAUCACAGAGUUUCAGAAAAUCGGCAUUGGUCUGACAGGAUUUGGUUUAUUUUUCCUGCUCUUUGGUGUACUACUGUACUUUGACUCUGUUUUGUUGGCAUUUGGGAAUAUCCUCUUCUUGACUGGUUUGAUAUUCAUUAUUGGCUUCCAGAGGACAGCCCAGUUCUUCUUCCAAAGGUAUAAGUUUCGAGGCUCUUUCUUCUUCCUGGGAGGUGUGGCCUUAGUGCUGUUCCGCUGGCCAGUCAUCGGUAUGCUGGUGGAGAGUUAUGGUUUUGUGCUCCUGUUUAGGUCCUUCCUCCCCAUGGCUUUGGGAUUUGUGCUGUCAGUAGUGAAUAUACCUCAUCUGAAUGCGGCCAGUCACACAUAG